GGUCUCUCUAGCAACCCAGGAGCACUUUCCCUGGUGGGCCCAUGGGGCAGAGUUUGCAGCCAGAGCCGUCCGGGGAGAGGAGCGGUGGAAGGAAGCCAGCUGAGACGGCCAGGGAGGGGUCUGAGCUGGAACACGGCCUCUGUGUGAUUGUGGACAGCUUCUACAGAUACGCCAAGGGCCCGCCUGGAGUGAAGGCGCUGGACCAGGUGGCUUUCCAGAACCUGCUCAGCAAUGAGCUGAGCCAUCAGCUCACGAACACAGAGGUCGAGGCGGCCGUGAUGCGCACGUUUGAGAAGUUAGAUGCCAACAAAGGUCAGAAAAUCUCCUUUGACGAGUACUGGCAACUCAUCGCCUGGAUUUGCCAAGUGAUCCGGCGCCGCGAUUAUAACGAGUAGUGACUGUGGGGGUUGUGUCGGGUGGGGAAACCGAGGCACACGCCGCAUCCAGAAAGGCCUCCAAAUCCUUUGCCUUAAAGACUCAAAGCAAACCUGCACCUCCCCCACUCUUGGAAACCCAGUGACCUUAAUCCAUCUGCCUGCUGGGAUCCCUCCACUCCCAUCCCCAUUCUGCACGUCUCAUGCUGCCCCCAUUCCCCCCCCACCACCACCAGGAUCCCACCCUGAUCACACCACGGCCUUUACUCUCCAUGCUGCCCAACUCCCCCACUGCUGGGAGUCACCCCAUACACCCCGAAUCCACUCUGGCCUGUGCUCCCCAUAUCACCCCCUACCCUGCUACCCUGCUGCCAGGAUCCCUCACAAUUCAACGCCCCCAUCCAGCCCUGGCAUGAGAUGCCCACCCCACCCAUCUCUCCAGCUGCUGGGCUCCCACACCAAUC